AAGUGCUCCAACCACUGAGCUACAUAACUGGUCCUGUGUGCCUGCUUUAAUCUGUGAAGUCGUAUUGUUGCCUCUGUUUUGUAGAAUGGGAGACACACAGUUGUACUCAUUUGCCCCAAGCCACAGAGGUAGCAAGAAGCAGUGCCGGCUGCAGAGCCCAGCCCUGGGUCCCUGCAUCCUGUCUCCCACUCCGAUGAGCACUAUGCAUGCCCGUUCUGAAGAAGCAUCCCGAAAUCCAAGAGAUGAAGUCAAAGCAGAGGAAAGGAAGGCCCAGCGGAGAUUAUGUGCAGAGAGACACUCAGCCUCGGGAUGUGUUCUUCUCCUUUUUUUUUUUUUUUCCUUUUUGCAUACGGACACAGCCCAGAUAGCAGAGCUCAAAGCAUCUUUUGUGCGGUUGUCCUGCAACGAGUGACGUCAUAGGCACCACCAAGUCUUUAUCAUUUCUGCUGGACAACGAGCUCACCGCCCUAGUCCUGGAGGAGCCAGGGAGGUGCUGGGCAGCGGAGCUCAGGUUUCCCAAUAAGCUGCGUCCGGGACCAUGGGGGAGAGCUUCUCUCCCGGCAAUCACUGGCUUUUCUUUUCCGUGUACCUGCUGGUCUUCCUCGUGGGGCUCCCCCUCAACGUGAUGGCCCUGGUGGUCUUCGUGGGCAAGCUGCGCCGCCGCCCUGUGGCCGUGGACUUACUCUUGCUAAACCUGACCCUUUCGGACCUGCUCCUGCUGCUGUUCCUGCCGUUUCGCAUGGUGGAGGCGGCGUGUGGCAUGAGGUGGCUCCUGCCCUUCAUCCUCUGCCCCCUCUCGGGGUUCCUUUUCUUCACCACCAUCUACCUCACCUCGCUCUUCCUGACGGCGGUGAGCAUCGAGCGCUUUCUGAGCGUGGCCUACCCGCUGUGGUACAAGACCCGGCCACGGCUGGCCCAGGCUGGUCUGGUCAGCGGCAUCUGCUGGUUCCUGGCGUCGGCCCACUGCAGCGUGGUUUACGUCACCGAAUACUGGGGAAAUGCCACCUCCAGCCAGGGUACCAAUGGAACCUGCUACCUGGAGUUCCGGGAGGACCAGCUGGCCGUGCUCCUGCCUGUGCGACUGGAGAUGGCGGUGGUCCUCUUUAUGGUGCCCCUGUGUGUCACGAGUUACUGCUACGGCCGCCUGGUGUGGAUUCUCAGCCGAGGAGCCAGCCGGCGCAGGCGCAAGAGGGUGAUGGGGCUUCUGGCUGCCACGCUGCUCAUCUUCUUUGUCUGCUUCGGCCCCUACAAUAUGUCCCACGUGGUGGGCUACGUCCGGGGUGAGAGUCCGGCCUGGCGGAGCUACGUGCUCCUCCUCAGCACCCUUAACUCUUGCAUCGACCCCCUUGUCUUCUACUUCUCGUCGUCCAAGUUCCAGGUCGACUUUCAGCAGCUCCUGGGGAGGCUGACCAGAGGCUGUGUGCCUUGGACUCAGGCAGUCAGCUUGGAACUGAAGGUGAAGAACGCAGAAGAGCCGUCCAAGGAGUGUCCAAGCUAGAACGAAGGGUGGACCGGAGAGGGGCGUGGAACCAUUGGCCCAGUGCCUUGGCUGGCUGGCGGCGGCAUCUCCAGGGACAGGAGGGAGUAGGCAGGUGUGUCCGCAGGGCCCUCAUUCCCUAGCUCAGGACACACGAGGCUCCUGUGACAGGCUGGGGACACAGUGUCUCUCGGCUUUCCCUGGGCGUGUACAUGUUCUGGACUCUCCACACCGCCCUCCCUCCCAUCCUUUCAUACGCCCUGGGUUCCACUCUGGGACGUUGUAAUGGUGACAGAUUUCUCUAGAAGAAAGAGCCGAGCCUCUGCGGCAGAGGCACCGGCUUCAGUGCCUCCCUGGG